AUGCUAAGAUUGGGGAGUCAUACAGCAAUCUCAAAAGGUAUCAUUGCGACAUCAUUAAAUCAACAGAACCAUCCUAAUCCUAUGAGUUAUGAUAGCAAUCAAAGCAAAGUUAUAGCUUUACAACAUCAAGAUCAACAACAACAACAACAACAACACCAGCAGCAACACCAGCAACAACACCAGCAACAACAACAAAAUAAACAAAAAAUAAUGAAAAACAAUAAAAAGAACAAGAUUAUUAAUAACAAUUAUAAUCUCAUGCAAAAUCCCUCUCUUGCAAACAAACGUCAACCAAGAUCUAAUUUUAAUUCUAAUUCAAAUAAAAAUUCAGUUCAACAUUACAAUCCAACAAGUCCAGAUUCUCCAUGGUUCGAAAAUGUCACAGCUUUUGAAGAAUGUGUAUCACAGACUUUAUACAUGUCACAGACUCCAAGACGUAAAAACGAAAAAGGUAAAAGAUUUGAGCCACCAAACUCAGCUACAAACACUCUUUUUUGGGAUUCUAUUGGAAGAGCCAUGGGUUUGUAUCAUGAUUUGAUUGCCACUCCAGAAUUGAAUUCAGAUAGAGUAUCAAAAUUGGUCCAUUUAUUACACAACGGUCUUAGAGCUAACAGAAAUCAAUUGACAAGAAUGAAUAAGAAACCAGAUUAUGAUUCACAAUCUUUCCAUAAAGAAAUGACAAAUUAUUUAUGUAAGUCUUUACGGACUAUUUCACAAGAUGUUUUGAAUAAUAAAGUAGAGUUAAACGAAUAUGGUGCUAUGCACUUAAUCACUGCAUUCAAAGAGUUAUUAUUAUUCGAGGAGAGUGUUCAGAUUUGGAAAACAGCUAUCAAUGGUACCAACAAUUUCACAUCAAACAUUUUUUUGAAUCCAAGAGUAGUAGGUGUCAUUUUACCAAUUUUAUAUGACAAUGGAGUUUCAUAUCCAGAAAUCCAAUCUUUAUAUGAAAAAUCUUCAUCAAUGAUUAACUAUUUCCAUCCCAAUUUAUCUGUUGGUAUGAUUAGAGCUUCACUUUCUGCAGGUCAAAAUGAAAUGGCUUUACAACUAUUUCAAAAAUUAUGUCAAGAAUCAACAGAGAUGAAAUAUGGUUAUUUAAUCGAAACACAUUUAUCAUUCAUUGGUGAAUGUAAAGACUUACAUGUUGCCCAAACAUUCUUUGACAAAGCAUUAAACGAUGAAAUGCCAUAUAAAAUCGAUUUACAAGUAUCAUACGUUAAAUCAUUCUUAAGAAAUAUUUGGGACCAAUUACAUGAUUUUAAACGUGUAUAUGAAAUAUGGUACAUAUCAUCAUUGCAUUACGGAAGGAACGUUAAUCAUGGUAUUUCUUCAUCCUUAAAUGACACAUUUUUUGAUAUUUUUUUCAAAAACUUUGCAAAUGAUAAAAUCAAUGGCUUUCAAAUAUUGCAAAACAUUAUUCAAACAUAUAGCACAGUCAAAUCAAUUGAUGAACCAUUUUUCAAUAUCAUUUUAACUAAAUGUGCUAUAUGGCGUGAUCAAAAUGUCAUUGACUAUAUUGAUAAAAGUUAUGAGCAUUUCAAAAUACCGAAGACAAUAGUUGCUUACAGAAUCCUACUUAAAUCAAUGGGAUCUGUAGACUAUUCAAGUAAUGAAGCUAUACUGCAAAGAUGGAUAGAUUUAGUCGUCAAAUCAGAUGAAAUUGGUCAGAAAUUCAUUGCUAAUGCAGAUUGGGCAGCGUUAAGAGACGCCACAAUAACUUGGGCCCAGAUGAAUUUCAACCUUUCGACAGUGACUAACAAUCAAAUGAAUCUGAAGGCUCAUGAUGAUGCUGGACUACUGACAAAAGUGGCCAGUGACAAUAAUAUUACAAAUGUCCCUACACCUUCUGAUUCUCCAUUAAGUAACACAAGCAGCAUCAAUAUUUUCUCUAGAGUGCCUUCAAGAGAUCAUAUGGAUUUACUACACCCAGCAUUUGCUGCUGCCAAUGCUUCAGGUGCUUUUGAUGAUAUGGCAGCAGCAGCUGCAGCCGCAGCUGCCAAUGCUGGUAUGAGCCAACAACAUAUUAGCGGACCAGCCCUUGACAGAAUCAUAUUAUAUUUAAAAAUAGUGAAAUGUUACUCCUCAUUUUGCCGUGACUCGAGACAGUUAACUAGAUUGACAUCUGGCACCGCUGUUAAAUAUUCAUGUCUACAACCUGCAUUGAAAAAUUUCUCAUCUCUAGAUAUUUCAGAUAUUCCUAUCCCUCAAUUGCAUAAUUUAAAAUCUUCUUAUUGA